CAAGAGUAAAUAUUUGUAGUUUCAGGUUCAUAUGCUGUCUCAAAUCCAUGAUUCAUCAUUCCAACUAACCAAAAUCUGCUCAUACCCAAAAUCCACGCUGAACUUGUAUAGUACAUUGACGGCCAAUUGAAGCAUUCCCUGACCUUCAGUCCUUAUCACGAUUCUUGAGUUCGACUACACACGCUUAAACUAACAGCAUUCGGUAUUUCCUAGAUAUUCGAAACUGCAUCAAGUGCUGCAGUACCUAGUCUGCAGCUUCAUCGACUCCUACCCAGUUUAACACUCCACUAUCACGCAAACAAACAUAACCAUGUCCAAACCCUGGAUCUUUAUCUCUCCAUCUAGCAGAGGCAUAGGCCAUGCCCUAACGCGGCACCUCCUCCGCACAACCACCCUCCCCAUCCUAGCAACCAGCCGCUCCGACCCCUCUAGCACCAAGUUUUCCCUCCUUCAAGACUCAUCAUCGGCCCAAGAUUACUCAUCCCGUCUCACAGUCCUCCAAGUUGACGUAACGGACGAGUCCACCAUCACCACCGCCUCAUCCAAAGCAGCUGAGCUAUUUCCGCAGAAAACGCACCACUUGCACCUGGGCUUCGCCAUACCGGGCAUCCUGCACCCGGAAAAAAGUCCCGCGCAGGUGGAGUGGGACAAUGCCCUCGAGACGAUGAAGGUCAAUGUUUUGGGGCCUAUGAUGCUGAUGAAACAUUUCGGGGAAUUUCUGCCGCGGAAGAGCACUUCUCUUUCCUUACCCAAUCAAGCUCCGAACCCCAACGACGGCGAAGAAGACGCACUCAACCUCCCCAAUAACGCAGUAUGGACCAACCUCUCCGCCCGGGUCGGCUCCAUCGGCGACAAUAGACUAGGCGGGUGGUACAGCUACCGGGCGUCCAAAUCGGCCGUCAACUCGCUGACUAAGACAUUUGAUCUUUACUUAAGGAACCGCAGUGGGGGAAACGCGGUCGCGGUCGCGUAUCACCCUGGCACGGUGAAGACGGAGCUUAGUAAGGAGUUUUGGGGGAGUGUUACGGAGGGGCAGCUGUUCAGUCCGGAGUUUGCGGCAGAGAGGUUGGCGAAGGUGGUGUGUAGUCGGGGGGAUGGGGAGAGGGGGAGGAUAUGGGAUUGGAGGGGAGAGGAGGUUUCACCCUAGGGCAGUAACGUAGAGGGAGGAUUGUGGGCAAAUCGCAGCCCACCGUUCAUUGUUGUUCUUAUGACUAUCGUUACUUGCCGUAAGCUCUGGCUAAUCUACAGUGGCUACACUGGGUGGUCCGUGCGGGGCCGAACACUGCCAUUUCUGCCCACAAGGAUGGAUCUUGGAUCUUGGUCAUGACGGGCGUGGGAAACAGUAGUCGGUGGAGUUGAAGUCUGCUUGGGUUCAGCUUGUUAGGAGCUAACGAUAGUGGUGUUUUGUGCCAUCUGACUGAAUCAGCAGGUUAUACUGCCGUACAAUACACUAGGUUAUGAC